GGUGGCCCGUGCGCUCUGAAGCGCCGGCCGCGGGGGUCUUGGCCAGUUCUCUAGGACCUAUCUGAGAGGAUGGCGGAGGAAGGUGCGGUCGCCGUCUGUGUGCGGGUUCGGCCCCUCAAUAGCAGAGAAGAAGCUCUUGGAGAAGAUACCCAAAUUUGUUGGAAAACUGGCAAUAAUGCUAUUUAUCAAGUGGAUGGGAGUAAAUCCUUCAAUUUUGAUCGUGUCUUUCAUAGCAAUGAAACUACUAAAAAUGUUUAUGAAGAAAUAGCGGUACCAAUCAUAGAUUCUGCCAUCCAAGGCUACAAUGGUACUAUAUUUGCCUAUGGGCAGACUGCUUCAGGAAAAACAUACACUAUGAUGGGUUCAGAAGAUUAUUUGGGAGUAAUACCCAGAGCAAUUCAUGACAUUUUCCAAAAAAUUAAGAAGUUUCCUGACAGGGAAUUUCUCUUACGUGUGUCUUACAUGGAGAUAUACAAUGAAACCAUCACAGACUUACUCUGUAACACUCAGAAAAUGAAGCCUUUAGUAAUUCGGGAAGACUUCAGUAGGAAUGUGUAUGUGUCUGAUCUCACAGAAGAAGUUGUUUAUACACCAGAAAUGGCUUUGAAGUGGAUCACAAAGGGAGAAAAGAACAGACAUUAUGGAAUUACAAAAAUGAAUCAAAGAAGCAGUCGUUCUCAUACCAUUUUUAGGAUGAUUUUGGAAAGUAGAGAGAAAGGUGAACCUUCGAAUUGUGAAGGAUCUGUGAAGGUGUCCCAUUUGAAUUUCGUUGAUCUCGCAGGCAGUGAAAGAGCUGCUCAAACAGGUGCUGAAGGUGUGCGACUCAAAGAAGGCUGUAAUAUAAAUCGAAGCUUAUUUAUUUUGGGACAAGUGAUCAAGAAACUUAGUGAUGGACAAGUUGGAGGUUUCAUAAAUUAUCGAGAUAGCAAAUUAACACGAAUUCUCCAGAAUUCCUUGGGAGGAAAUGCCAAAACGCGUAUUAUCUGCACAAUUACUCCAGUGUAUUUUGAUGAAACCCUUAGUACUCUCCAGUUUGCCAGCACUGCUAAAUAUAUGAAGAAUACUCCUUAUGUUAAUGAGGUAUCAAGUGAUGAAGCUCUCCUGAAACGAUAUAGAAAAGAAAUAAUGGAUCUUAAGAAACAAUUAGAGGAGGUUUCCUUAGAGACUCGGGCCCAGGCAAUGGAAAAAGACCAAUUGGCCCAACUUUUGGAAGAAAAAGAUUUGCUUCAAAAAGUGCAGAUUGAGAAAAUUCAAAAUUUAACGCGGAUGCUGGUAACGUCCUCUUCCCUCACAUCACAACAGGAAUUAAAGGCUAAAAUAAAACGAAGAGUCACUUGGUGCCCUGGCAAAAUUAACAAAAUGAAGGAGUCAAGCUAUGUAAAUGAAUUUAGUAUGCCAAUGAAUGUAACAAUAAAAAAGCAUAAGUCUUCUGUAACUUCAGUAGGAGAAAUUGAUGAAUCUGUCUGUUCAGAGGCUGAUGUUUUCAGUAACACUCUUGAUACAUUAACUGAGAUAGAGUGGAAUCCAGCAACAAAGCUACUAAGUCAGGAAAACUUAGAAAGUGAGUUGAAUUCACUUCGUGCUAACUAUGAUAAUCUGGUAUUAGACUAUGAAAAACUACGAAGAGAAAAUGAAGAAAUGGAAAUAAAAUUAAAAGAAAAAAAUGAUUUGGAUGAAUUUGAGGCACUAGAAAGAAAAGCAGAAAAAGAUCAAGAGAUGCAACUAAUUCAUGAAAUUUCGAACUUAAAGAAUUUAGUUAAGCAUGCAGAAGUGUAUAAUCAAGAUCUUGAGAAUGAGCUAAGUUCAAAAGUAGAUCUGCUUAGAGAAAAGGAAGAACAGAUUAAGGAGCUACAGAAAUCCAUAGACUCUCAGAAGUCAGAAAGUAUGAAAAUGGAUUUGUCAUACUCAUCGGAAAACACUACAGACCUAAAACAAAUGAAACAGACUCUGGUUGAUGCUGAAACUGUAGCCCUUGAUUCCAAGAGAGAAUCAGCCUUUCUUAGAAGUGAAAAUCUGGAGCUGAAAGAGAAAAUGAAAGAACUUGCAAGUAUAUGCAAGCAAAUGGAAAAUGAUAAUCAGUUAUAUAAAAGCCAGUUGGACGCAAAAGAGAAAAUGAAAGUUGAUCUGAUGAAAGAAUUACAAUCUUCCUUUAAUGAAAUAACAAAACUCACCUCCCUUUUAGAUGGCAAAGUUCCAAAAGAUUUACUCUGUAAUUUGGAAUUGGAAAGAAAGAUUACAGACCUCCAGAAAGAACUAAAUAAAGAAAUUGAAGUAAAUGAAGCUUUGCAUAAAGAAGUUAAUUUGCUCUCUGAAUUGAAAUCUUUACCCUCAGAAAUAGAAAUGCUAAAGAAAGAGAUAAAUGAUAAAUCUGAAGAGCUAUAUCUAAUAACAUCAGAAAAAGACAAAUUAUUUUCUGAAGUAGUUCAUAAAGAGAGUAGAAUUCAAGAUUUACUUGAAGAAAUUGAGAAAACUAAAGAUGACCUAGCAACUACCCAGUUGAAUUAUAAAAGCACUGAUAAAGAAUUCCAAGAUUUUAAAAAUCAUCAUACUGAAUUUGAGGAAAGGUAUAACACGGUCCUUGAGGAGAAUGCAAGACUAAACCAGGAAAUAGAAAAUCUCUCUAAAGAAGCUCAAAAACUUGGUUUAAGUUUGGAUGCUUUAACAACAGAGCUUUCUCACAAAACUCAGGAACUUCAGCAGAAAACCACUGAGAAUCAAGAAAGGUUAGAUGAAGUGGAAGAGCUGAAGGAACAAUUAGGAAAUAGAGACUCUAGGCUGCAAACUGUAGAAAGAGAGAAAACAUUGAUUACUGAGAAGCUUCAACAAACCUUAGAAGAAGUAACAACCUUAAUCCAAGAAAAGGAUGAUCUAAAACAACUCCAAGAGAGCCUGCAAAUUGAGAGAAACCAACUCAAAAGUGACAUUCAGGAUACUGUAAACAUGAAUAUAGACACCCAAGAACAAUUACGAAAUGCUCUCGAAUCUUUGAAGCAACACCAAGAAACUAUUAACACGCUGAAAAUGAAAAUUUCUGAGGAAACUUCCAAGAAUUUACAUGUAGAGGAAAACAUAGGAGAAACUAAGGAUGAAUUUCAAGAAGAGAUGGUUGGCAUAGAUAAAAAGCAGAAUUCGGAAGCCAAAAAAACUCAAGCACCGAUUGCAGAUGCUGAGGAUAAUGAGCUAAUUGAGCAACAAAGAAAGAUAUUUUCUUUAAUACAGGAGAAAAAUGAACUACAACAAAUGUUAGAGAGUAUUACAGCAGAAAAGGAACAAUUGAAGACUGACCUAAGGGAAAAUAUUGAAAUGAGCAUUGAAAAUCAGGAAGAAUUAAGAAUUCUUGGAGAUGAACUUAAAAAGCAACAAGAGAUACUUGCACAAGAAAAGAACCAUACCAUGAUCAAAGAAAAAGAAAUCUUUAGGACCUGUGAGAAACUGGCAGAAGUUGAAGAAAAGCUAAAGGAAAAGAGCCAACAACUCCAAGAAAAGCAGCAACAACUUCUUAGAAUACAAGAAGAAAUGAGUGACAUGCAGGAAAAGAUGAAUGAAAUGGAGAAUUUAAAGAAUAAAUUAAAGAACCAAGAAUUAACAGUGGAACGUCUGGAAAUAGAGAAGCUAGAAUUGGCCCAGAAACUUUAUGAAAGUAAUGAGGAAAUGAAAUCCAUAAUCAAAGAAAGAAAUGAUCUGAAGGAAUUACAGGAAUCAUUUGAAAUAGAAAGAGACAAACUUAAAGGAUGCAUAAGAGAAAUUGAAGUUACAGGUCUAGAAACGAAGCAAGAACUGAAAAUUGCUCAGAUGAAUCUAAAAGAACAUCAAGAAACUAUUGAAGAACUAAGAAGAAAUGUUUCUGAAAAGGCAACUCAAAUAAUAAAUAAUCAGGACCUACAAAAGUCCAAUACUGAAUUACAAGAAAAGAUCCCAGAGCUUCAUGAGGAACAGGAGCUAGUUCCUAACGUGAAAGAAGUCGGCCGUACUCAGGAAACGAUGGAUGAACUGGAGCUUUUAAAAGAACAAUCCAAAACCACCGAUUCAACAACACUGGCAAACAUAGAAAUAGAAAGGCUUAGGUUAACUGAAAAACUUCAAGAAAGUCACGAAGAAAUAAAAUCUCUAACUAAGGAAAGAGACAACCUUAAAAUAACAAAAAAAGCUCUUCAAGUUGAACGUGAUCAGCUGGAAGAAGGAGAAACUUUGGCAAAAAUCCAAGACAAACAAGAACAGUCCUUCAAUAUGAAGGAAAAAAACAGUGAAACAACGGAAACAAUGAGUGAGAUGGAGCAAUUGAAGGAGCAACUCAAAACUCAAGAGUCAGCGCUGCUAAGACUAGAAAUGGAAAAGCUCGGGUUGUCUGAGAGACUUCAAGAAAGUCAUGAGGAAAUGAAAUCCAUAACUAAGGAGAGAGAUGAUCUACAGAGGCUGCAAGAAGUUCUCCAAUCUAACAGCGACCAAUACAAAGAAAACAUGAGAGAAAUCAUAGCUAAACACUUAGCAACCGAAGAAGAACUUAAAGUUGCUCGUUGUCACCUGAAAGAACAGGAGGAAACUAUUGACAAGCUGAGAGUGAAUCUUUCAGAGAGAGAAAUGGAACUAUCAAGCUUUCAAAAGGAAUUAGAAACAACCAAUGAUGAAUUACAGAAAAAGAUGCAAGAACUUCAUGAGAAACAGGAACAAGUCAUUUGCGUCAAAGAAAUCAGUGAGAUGCAGGAAAAAAUGAGUGAACUGGAAAAAUUAAAGGAGCAAUUCAAAGCCAAAGAUUCAUCACUAGAAAGUACAGAAAGGGAGAGACUCGAGUUAACUGAGAGACUUCGGGAAAGUCAAGAAGAAAUAAAAAUUAUAAUUAAAGAAAGAGAUGAACUGAAAAGGGUGCAGGAGGCCCUUCAAAUGGAGAGAGACCAACUCAAAGAAAACAUUAAAGAAAUUAUAGCUGAAGGACAGAAAAUCAAAGAGGAACUAAAAACUACUUACAUUCUUCUGAACGAGUACCAAGAAACUAUUAGUACAAGGGAUAUUUCAGAGAAGACAGAUCGAGGAGUAAAUAUUCAAAGAGAUUCAGAAAAUUCAGAUGCUGAAUUACAGGAAAGGAUGCAAGAAUUUCAAGAAAAAGAACAUCAGCUUCUUAAUAUGAAAGCUGUAAGUGAGACUCAGGAAAAAAUAUGUGAAAUGGAAUAUUUGAAGAAACAAUUUGAAACCCAAAAGUCAAAUCUGGAAAAUGUAGAAAUGGAGAACAUAAGGUUAACUCAGAGACUCCACGAAAACCUUGAAGAAAUGAGAUCUGUUACAAAAGAAAGAGAUGACCUUAGGAAUGUGGCAGAGACUCUCAAAGUAGAGAGAGACCAGCUCAAGGAAAACCUAAGAGAAACUGUCAUUAGAGACCUAGAAAAACAAGAGGAACUAAGAGUUGUUCACAUGCAUCUGGAAGAGCGCCAGGAAACGAUUGAUGAACUCAGAGAAGUUGUUUCCAAGAAAACAGAUGAAAUAGCAAAUAUGCAGAUGGAUUUGGAAAACAAAAACACUGCCUUAAAAGCACAGAUCCAAGAACUUCAGGAAAAAGAACAUCAACUUCUUAAGAUAAAAAAUGAUCUCAGGGAAAAUAUGUAUCAAACAGAGCAAUUAAAGAAGCACUUGGAAGCCCAGAAUUCAGCCCUGGAAAACAUAGAAACAGAGAAGUCAAGGUUGACUCAGAAACUUCAUGAAAACCUUGAAGAAAUAAGAUAUGUGACUAAGGAAAGAGAUAGCCUAAGAAGAAUGGAGGGAACCCUUAAAGUAGAGCGAGACCAACUCAGGGAAAGCCUUAGAGAAACAGAAGCCAAAGUCCAAGAACUUAAGGCAAAUGAACAUGAACUCUUUAAGUUAAAAGAAGAUGUCCGUAAGACACAGCAAAAAAUGUCUGAAAUAGAGCGAUUGAAGAAACAAUUCAAAACUCAAAGUUUAACUCUGGACAAAAUAGAAAUGGAGAACUUAAAUUUGGCUCAGAAACUUCAUGAAACCCUUGAGGAAAUGAAAUCUGUAACGAAAGAAAGAGAUAAUCUGAGGAGAGCAGAAGAGAUUCUCAAACUGGAGAGAGACCAACUCAAGGCAAACCUACAAGAAACCAUAGAUAGACAUCUGGAAACACAACAGGAACUAAAAAUUGCUCAUAUGCAGUUGAAAGAGCACCAAGAAACUAUUGAUAAAUUCAGAGAGAGAUUUUCAGGAAAAACAACUCAGAUUUCAAAUAUUCAAAAGGAUUUAAGUAAAUCAAAAGCUGAAUUACAGAAAAAGCAGGACCAACAGAACCACAAAGAAGUAGUAAAAUAUGAGAAAAAGUUACUGUGUGAUGGAAAACAGCACCUUACCGAAAGCCUGAGAGAAAAGUGCUUUAGGAUAAAAGACCUUCUGAAGAGAUACUCAGAGAUGAAUAAUCAUUAUGAGUUCUUACAUGGAUUGUCUCUUGACUUGGAGAAGGAGAUUGAAACCCAAAAAGAGCUUUCAGUUGAAGUAAAAGCAAACCUCUCACUUCCAUAUCCACAAAGCAAACACAUUCUAAAGCUUCUCACUGUAAACCAGAGGUGUUCCAUGGAAUUCCAUAGAGUCAUGAAGAAACUUAAGUAUGUGUUAAGCCAUGUUAUAAUGAUAAAGGAAGAACAGCAUGAAUCCAUCAAUAAAUUUGAAAUGAUUUUUAUUGAUGAACUGGAAAAGCAAAAUGAACUACUAACUAAAAUUCAGCACCUUACACAAGACUGUGAUGUACCAUCCAGAGAAUUAAGGGACCUCAAAUUGAGCCAGAAGAUGGAUCUACAAAUUGAGGAAAUUCUCAGAGAUUUUUCAGAAUGUGACUUUCACAGCAUAAAGACUGAAUUUCAACAAGUAUUAAGUAAUAGAAAAGAAAUGACCCAGUUUUUGGAAGAGUGGUUGAAUACGCAUUUUGAUAUAGAAAAGCUUAAAAGUGGCAUCCAGGAAGAAAAUGAUAGGAUUUGUCAAGUGAAUAACUUCUAUAAUAACAAAAUAAUUGCUAUAAUGAAUGAAUCAACAGAGUUUGAGGAAAGAAAUUCUACCUUAGCCAAAGAAUGGGAACAUGACCUGAAAUUAAUGAAAGAGGAAAAUGAAAAACUGUUUAAAAACUGCCAAACUUUGAAGAUCUCUCAGACGUCUGUUGCCCCUGUUCAUCCUACUACACAAGAUGAUUCGAAUCUUCAUGUUACAUCAAGAGCUACACAAGUAACCACAGAGAAAAUUCAAGAGCUGGAAACUUCACUACUUAAAGCUAAAGAAAGUGCUAAGCAUAAGGAAGGCAAAAUUAUAAAGUUGCAGAAAGAACUUGAAAAGACUAAUGACGUAAUAGCAAAACUUCAAGCGCAAGUUAAUGAAUCAAAUAAAUGCUUUGAACAAGCAAAAGAAAUGAUCCAAGUACUUCAGGACAAAAGUGCUUUAGGAGUUAAGCCCUAUAAAGAAGAAAUUGAAGAUCUCAAAAUGAAGCUGGUGAAAAUAGACCUAGAGAAGAUGAAAAUUGCCAAGGAGUGUGAAAAGGAAAUUGCUUCUACAAAAACCACUGUAGCAUAUCAAAACGAAGUUAUAAGGCAAUUGAGAGAAAAUCUUAGAAGAAAUCAACUGACCCAAGAUACCUCAAUGGUAUCGGAAGAUAUUAAUUCUCAGCCUUCAAAUAAACCCCUAACCUGUGGUGGUGGCAGUGGCAUUGUACAGAGCACAAAAGCUCUUAUUUUGAAAAGUGAAUAUGUACGACUCGAAAAGGAAAUUUCUAAGUUAAAGCAGCAAAAUGAACAGCUAAUAAAGCAAAAGAAUGAACUAUUAAGCAAUAAUAAUCGUCUUUCCAAUGAGGUCAAAACAUGGAAGGAGAGAAUCCUUAAAAGAGAAGUUUGCAAAGAAGUAACUUGUGAAAAUUCUCCAAAGUCUCCUAAAGUAACUGGAACAGCUUCUAAAAAGAGACAACUUACAGCUUCUCAGUGUGAGGAACAGAAUUUACAAGAUCCCGUGCCAAAGGAAUCACCAAAAUCUUGGUUUUUUGACAGCCGAUCGAAGUCUUUACCAGCACCUCAUCCAAUUCGAUAUUUUGAUAACUCAGGCUUAGGCCUUUGCCCAGAAGAACCACCUUCUGGAGCAGAGAAUGUGGAUCCUCAGUCACAUGCUUGGCAGGCCUUCUCAGAAAAAGAUGUGCCUGAGUGCAAGAUUCAGUAGACUCCAAUUAUGACACUUUUCUGGGCCCAGCAUUCCUUGAUUGUUACUUUAUGUGUCCAACCCUGGCAAUGAUGUCACAGUCCAACUUAAUUUCAAUUCAGUUUUCACUUUGCCACUAGAAUGGGAAGGUAAAAGGACAGGAGAUUAAUGCAUUCCAGUAAUUUAGAAUGGUGAUAGCAAUAUUGUCUUCUUGAAUGUGGUAAUACUUUAGAAGUUGAAUUGCCUUAUUUAUUUAUUUUGUAAAGAAUAAAGUUAUUGAAAGAAAUUUCUAAUCUAAAAUGUAUCAAUUUUAUUUCUGUAAAGUUGU